AUGGCUUACUUUGGUUCUUCUCUGAUGAGAAAAAUCUGGACCAAGAGUCUAACAGAAGAAAUGACAGAUGGUUCUGAUGCCCCUAAAAUGAUACGUAUUUGGUUUCCAGCAGCUGUGAUGGUUUUAGGAAAGAAAACCGAAGCUAAAUUCAGAUCGGAAGACAUAGUUGAGGUCGGAUGGCAGCCUCCCAAAAAGCAACAGCAUCGAUUGAUUUCAUGUUCUCCAGAACGAUGUGGAUUGAGCAAAACCUACACGGCCUUCAUCAGGGUUAAGAGCAUCACCAACAAAGUGCCAUCAGGAUUCCAAAGGGUUCUGACACAACAACAAGGAAAAAGGAGAAACCAAUGGAACCGUGAAUAUACUUGUGUGCUCUUCAUCUGUAAAUCUGCUGGGCUGCAAUCAAGGCCAGCUUUGUUGGAACAACAACAAUAACAACAACAACAAUAACAACAACAACAAAAACAACAACAACAAAAAUGUGAUUGUUUGAUAAUAGCCAUCAAAAUGAGUAUGUACCCGAUACAGCCAGCGUACCCCAGUAUGGGGGACCACUCCUCUAUAUACAACCAAUCCAUGUAUUCGAAUCAAAGCACCCAUUUGAAAGAGACUGACAAGAACAGCCCAUCGCAGGGUGCUAAAGGCUUCCGACAGCCCGAUAUUCCCCGGAAACAUUUCAGCGAAGAAAACGUGCCCCUUAUUAACAAUGCUGGAUCAAGCCAAGAAGAGAUUGAGGUGCCAUCCCUUAACACCAGUACCACCAACACUCUACCUCCUGUGGCACCUAACAACCAAGACAAAGAACUAACCUGUGCUUUUUGUAAAAAGGUUUUCCCCAACUCAUUUAUCUUACGUACACACGAACGCAUUCACAUGGGUGUGCGACCAUUUGCCUGUUCCUUUUGUAACAAGGAAUUUUUCCAGUUAGUCGACUUAAAGACGCACUACUGCACGCACAGCCAUGCCACCAAUAACAUGGCACUGUCUGCAACUCAGAAGGCUUACCAAUGUUCAGUGUGUAACCGAAGCUUUGCUCAUAGAGGUAACCUGAAGCUUCAUCUGAGGAUGCAUUCAGGGGACAAACCGUUUGCUUGUGAUGUCUGUGGCAAGACUUUCGCUCAGAAAAACAGCCUUACCGAUCAUAAAAGAGUGCAUACAGGAGAUUUGUUCUUCUGCCAGUUCUGCCAGAAAGCAUUUUGUAACCAGUUUUUCUUGCAGAACCAUGAGAGAGCACACACAGGGGAGAAACCUUUUCAUUGUGAUUUCUGUGAUAAAGCGUUUUCUCAGAGAGGUAACUUGAAGACACAUCUCAGAACACACACAGGAGAGAAGAACUUUGUCUGCGAUGCCUGUGGUAAAGCAUUCUCUCAAAAGAACUGCCUGACUGACCACAAACGGCUACACACUGGUGACCUCUUCUACUGUCAGUACUGUAAAAAAGGAUUCUGCAAUCAGUUUUUCUUAAAGAUUCAUGAAAAAGUACACACGGGAGAUUUAUAUUAUUGCAACUACUGCAAAAAAGGGUUUCCCAAUCAGUUUUUCCUGGAAAACCACACCAGGUCUCAUACUGGAGAGAAACCGUUCCGGUGUUUGUUUUGUCCGCAAGUUUUUUCACAACGUGGCAAUUUAAAAACUCAUCUACGAACGCACACGGGGGAGAAACCAUUCCAGUGUGAAGUUUGUGGCAAGGGUUUUGCACAAAAGACUAAUUUAAAUGACCACAAAAGACUCCAUACUGGAGAGCUUUACUAUUGUAACUACUGCAAAAAACCAUUUUGUAAUAAAUUCUUCUUAAAAAUUCAUGAGCGCAUACACACAGGGGAUUUAUUUUACUGCUCUUAUUGUAAAAAAGGCUUCACAAAUGAGUUCUUCCUGAAAAACCAUCUCAGAGUACACACAGGAGAGAAACCAUUUCAAUGUGAAUUUUGCAAUCAAACAUUUGCGCAACGAGGCAAUUUGAAGCAACAUUUACGAAAACACACAGGGGAGAAACCAUUUAAUUGUGAACUUUGUGGCAAAUGUUUCUCUCAGCGAAACAAUUUAACUGACCAUAAACGUGUGCAUACUGGAGAACUCUUCUUCUGUAGCUUCUGUAAGAAGCCAUUUUGCAACCAGUUUUUCCUAAAAAAUCAUGAAAGAGCUCACACUGGAGAAAGACCGUUCGAAUGCAACUUCUGCAAGAAAACUUUCUCUCAGAGAGGUAAUCUUAAGUUACAUCUAAGGACACACACUGGAGAAAAGCCUUUUACCUGUAGUGUAUGCGACAAGUCCUUCACGCAACGGAAUAGUCUCAUAGAUCACCAACGUAUUCACAGCGGAGAUCUAUACUUUUGCGGAAUUUGUAAGAAGGGCUUCUGUAACCAGUUUUUCUUGAAAACUCACGAGAAAACCCAUGGAAUUGUAGAGGAUAGCCAUUCAAAACAGAUUAGUUGUGAGUUUUGUGGCGAGGUUUUUGCACAGCAAAGUGAGUUGAAGGUACACAUACAAACUCAUACACCAGCGGAGAAACGCUACAGCUGCCAGAUUUGUGGGGAGCAGUUUUUACACAGGGUUUCAUUAACAAACCAUAAAUGUCCAGCAGCAAGCAGCAACUCGAACAGCUGCAGGAUGUACUCAAAACUGCCCCAACAGACCGUGGAGCCAAGCAGCUCGAACAUAACAAACGACAAGACUGUAUAUAAUUCGUCUCCUUCGUCAUGUGAUUCUUUAGCUCAUGUCAAGGAUAUUGUUAGCACACAGAAAAUCAGCUCGUUGAAAAACAAUAGUAGAUCUUGUACAACGGUCCAACAGGAGUCACACCGAGAUACACAAGUCCCUCCUGUGCGACCGCAGCCAUCACCAGCUUCUUCUUCAUCAUACUUGCAUGGCAUGCCUCAUAUUUGGGAAAAUAACUACCUCUGGUCACGAGGUUACCCCAUGCCACCCUUGUUAGGCUCAAGUUGGGCAGCAAAUGUGCCCAGCGGUGUCUCCUGUGGUCCAAAACAAACAAAAUUACCAUUCGGAAGAAUCCAGCAGGACCCCCCUUUGACUCUUUGCCUACCUCAGACCAAUGUAGCAAUCAAACCCCUACUUCUCAUGCAACCUAGUGAACAGGACUUCCUCACUACAGCAAUGGGUUUCUUCUCUUCAAUGGGAGAAAAGGUGUGGGAUGAAGGUGCAGAGCUAAUAACCCUGACUCUGGUACUGUUGACCCCUAAAUUAAAGGUGCAAUUCAAUGUGUUGCUACAACAAACAGCCUUUCUGAAACAAAUGAACAUAGAAGAAACAAGCAAACUGAAAAUGUACCAGAUGCAGUGUGGGGGCAAACAGCAGAUUAACAAUAAUUGUUGUGGAAUUAAUAAUGAUAGUCAGGCUGAGGUACACACGUGCGGUGGGACAGCAUCACAGAAUGGAUUUACAAACUUUAUGGAGCUGAUCAAGAAGCCGGACAAGUCCCGGGACAAACCUUUCAAAUGUGGAAUUUGUCGUAAAGGAUUUACAUUGAAAGCCUACCUGAAUCGACACCUGUUGGCCCCUGAACCCGGUAAACACUUCCCCUGUAGUUAUUGCAGCAAGAUCUUUCCUCAGAGGGACCGCCUCGAAACACAUGAACGCACCCACACGGGGGUCAAGCCGUUUGUCUGUAACAUUUGCUCCAAGUCGUUUUCACAAAAGUCGCACCUGAACACUCACAAACACGUCCACACCGGCACAAAGUCGCCAAACGCCGUCGACCGGAGCAUGAAGCGCCGCAAAACCCUGGCGAUGACAAUGAUGAUGAAUUCCAUGCAACAGCACCAGCACCAGCAACAGCAGCAACAGCAGCAGCAACAACAGCAGCAGCAGCAGCAACAUCAUCACCACCAUCAGCAUCACCAGCAUCACCAACAACAUCAGCACCACCUUCAGCAUCAGCAUCAACACCAGCAUCAACACCACCAACAUCAGCACCAGCACCAUCAGCACCAACAUCAGCAUCAUCAACACCAGCAUCACCAGCAUCAUCAUCAGUUCCAUCAUUUUGAGAACCACAGCAAGACCUGCCCCCAACAUCUUAACCAGAUGGGCAAACGCAAAACUGGGCCAGGCAGCUCAGAUAAACCCUUUAAGUGUGAUGUGUGUCGGAAAGGCUUCACCCUGAAGGCCUACCUCAACCGUCACUUAUUGGCCCCUGACACAGGUAAACAUUUCCCUUGCUCUUACUGCCACAAGGUUUUUCCCCAAAGGGACCGACUGGAGAAUCAUGAAAGAACUCACACUGGGGUGAAACCAUUCCAUUGUACAAUAUGUGGCAAGAACUUUGCCCAAAAGUCCCAUUUAAACAAGCACCAAAAUGUCCACAAAGCAGAUCGGAUGUCGGGAACCAGUGUGCCUUCAGCUUCAGUCACUUCAACCUCGUCGUCGUCAGGCGCUAACCAAGCCCCAAACCUUCCGAAACCUCCAUCGAUGAUUUCACCUCAAGCUUCGUCCUCUUCAGGGACCUACUCUUCCCAGAUGAUUAACCAAACUGCAGCGAUACACAAACAGGCUGUUAUGACAACAAACACACAGUAUUCACAACAGCAAAUCAAAUAUUCUACUUCGGCCCCGCAGCAGCAGCAACAACAACAACAACAGCAACCAGCUGCCCAGAAAGAUCCAUCGACAAUGUCGGCCUGCUCGCAUCAGAUGAUGCAUCAACAUGCACCACUGAGGCAACAACAGCAGCAACAGCCGCAACAGCAACAGCAGCAGGCACCACCACCACCACCGCCUCCACCACCAUCUCAGCAGUCAUCGAACAUGACUGCAACAUCGACGAUGAACACAGCCACCUACCAUCAACAAAUGGUGCCGCAAAGAGCUGCUGAGAAUAAUUAUAACUGGAAACGUAACGCUGCCAUAACAGCUAGCUGGAAUGCAGGCUGGACAAACACAUCGAACCCAACUUAUGGCCAGAGGAAAUGUGAGAGCCAAGAGGCUGUCCACAACAUUCAGACAUUGAUGCAGUGAAACUAGUUUGAAGAUGAGGAAGAGUAAGAGCAAGAAGAGGAAUAUGGAAAAGAUUAUUGAAGUAAUUAAAGGAAUGAGCUGUGUCUGGGUGAGGCAGAGGCGGUGAGAGGAAUCAAGGUGGUGGACUGUUGACAAUACGGUCACCAGUUCAAACCUUAGUGCAACUCAUGUGUUGUGUCCCUGCACAAGACAUGUAGCUGUGUUUGCCCCACUACUUCAUGGGGUUGAGCAGCUGGUGGUUGGAAGGGCAGCCAACAAGAAAACAAUUUGAUUGCUCCAACAAAAAAGGGAAAAGAUAUCCUAGUCAUGAUAGCUUUGAAAAAUGGAUUAAAAAAAAAAAGAAUUAAACUACAAUAAACAAAACAAAAACAUAUCGCUUAACAAUUGAUGCACCACCACAAGUGUCUAUAUGAAUAUCUACACACUUGCUAGAAGUGGUGGAUAUAUAAAACAAGAAGUUCAGAUCAAGUAUUUGAGCUCAAACAUUUCUAUCAUUGAAUCAGAACGACAUAUUUGAGACCUUGGCUCAAGCAUCUGUAUUAAUCAUUUAAGGAUCUUGGCUCAUGAAACCAUUAAAAACAUUCGGAGACUUAGUUCAAACAUCUGUAUAAUCAUUUGAAAUCUUGGCUCAAGCAUCUGUUCAACUAUUUGUGGUCUUGACCUCAAGCAUCUGUGUAAUCAUUUGGGGAUCUUGGCUCAAUCUGUCAUUAAAAACAUUUGGAGACUUGGCUCAAGCAUCUGUUUAAAACAUGUAGGAUCCUGGCUCAAGCUACUGUUAAAAACAUCUAGGGUCUUGGCUCAAGCAGCCAGCAAAACAUUUGGAGGUCUUAGCUCAAGCAUCUGUUUAACUAUUUGGAAUCUUGGCUCAAGCAGCCAUUUUAAAAAAUUUGGUAUUUUCGGUUCAGUUAUUUGUGUAAACAUUUAAGACCGCUAUUCAAUUGUCCACAUAAAAACUUGAGACAUCAUUUCAAUAAUCUGUUUAAUGAAUAUUUUGGUUUUUUAAUCUCCAUUCUCUGUAAAAAAUCAUUUGGGACCUUAACUCCAAUACCUGUAUCAACAGUGACUCAGUUUGUGAGACAGAUUGAAACAGGGGUACAAAUAAUUAGGCAAUUUUGAUUCCUGAGAAAAACCAACACACACAAAUAGACACAAAUAUGAAUUGAAGUGAAAGCCAUUGACUUGUAUGCUGUUUCUCUUUUUUGAGAUAUUUUCAUUAUUAAAAUAAUAAUAAAACUAAAAAAAAAAAUAAAAUGAAAUAGCAUCCUAAUUCUUUAUCCACCAUCUUAAACAAUUGCUGGUUCAAUAUCAGAGCAUGUGGAACCUCAGUAUGGUCACUCUAAAUUCUAGAAAUAGCAGCCAAAUUUCCUCCACGCACCCUGCACUUUUAAAAGGGAAAGAGACAUUGGAGGAUGUAGUCCUCAUUACACUUUGCCAUAAAGCAAAGAUGAGAUAAUCAAAGCUUUUACACCUUUGAUCACUAGUUUCCUAAAUCAUUGCUGGCCUGGUGUUAAACAGCGACAAGAUUGAGAAGAUUCUUUAAGACAAAUUUUAACCUUUUUGAUACGAAACCCACCCGAAACUACACCUGGUUCUACGAUAAAAACUUCUUAUUUUAAAGAUGAUCUACGUUAAAACCUACCAGCGAAAUUUCAUGUCAAUUUAUGUUCCAAACUAUAACUUAAUGAAACAAUUAUUUUACUAAAUUCUUUGUUAUUUUCAAAAUUAAUUGGAACAAAGACAUAUUUCAACAAAGAUACAGUAACAAAAGGGUUAAAAAAAAAAAAGGAGUUCUUUGGAAUUUAAGAAUAAAAGUAAAAAAAAACCUCAAAGAAAAAACUCCUUUAUUUCUGUGAGCUAGAAUUGAACUGGAAUCCUUACAGUCGUCAGCCUGUUGCAUUGGCUCAUAUCAAAGUGUGCGUGUGUAUGAAGACAUGCUUGCACAUACACAUUUGUAUAUUCUUUUACUGUUUUCCUUCAUUGGACUGUGGCCAUACUGGGGCACCACCUUUAUGGGUUUAGUCUGUCGUAUUGACCCUAGUACUUAUUUUGUCCUUCUCCACUUGUCGAACUACUAAGUUACAGGAGAUGAACAGAUACAACUUGAAUAUCAGUGGAUUUUAGACCGGUGUAAACAUAAAUGCUGAUAUAUAUAUACAUACCUACAUAUACACACACAUACAUACACAGACAGUACAUACAAUAUGUGGCGUGCUCUUAAGCAAGUACAUAAUUCUGUUGCUUGUCUCAGUCAGACUGGUUGACAACAGGUGCCACUUGACAGGUGAAUGGUCAGUAUACUUUUCUUUUACUUGUUUUAGUAAUUAGACUGUGGCCAUGCUGGGGCACUGCCCAGAAGGAUUUUUAGUCAAAUAAAUUGACCCAAUUACUAUUUCUUUUUUUUUUUCAAGCCUGGUAAUUAUUCUAUCAGUCUCUGUUACCAAACUGCUAAGUUACAGGUCAUAAAUACACCAAACCAGUUGUCAAGGGAUGGUGGGUCAUAGAUACAAAGAUACACACAUAUAUAUAUAUAUAUAUAUAUGACGGGCUUCUUUCAGUUUCCGUCUGCCAAAUCUACUCACAAGGCUUUGGUCAACCCAAGCCUAUAGUAGAAGACACUUGUCCAAGGUACCAUGCAGUGCGACUGAACCCGGAACCAUGUUGUCCCAGUUUUUCCCUCCACAACACUCAUAUAAACAUGCUCACUCCCACACCUGUGCCCAUGUAUGGAAGUCUCCAGGUGAAAAGCAAAGUGGGGAAAAUGAUUCUUGAAAUACCAAAGAUGGGAUAAAGAAUUUCAUUGAAGCUUAAAAGACUACACGGCUGUUACUCAGAGUUUCAUGUAACAAUCGUCAGACAGCUGAGAAGUUUUUUCAGUUUCAAUAAAACACUACACACACAUAUGCUAGUGGUUGGUGUUAGGAAGGGCAUCCAGCUGUAAAAAUCCUGCCAAAACAGUCACAGAAGUCUGGUGCAGGCUUCAGCCUGGCUGGUUCUUGUGGUGCCACCCCACCCAUGUUAGCAUGGAAGAUGGACGUUAAACGAUGAUAUAUAUAUAUAUAUAUACACAUAUGUUGGCACUAUCAGUUACAAUGACAAAGGUUCCGGUUUAUCUGACCAAUGGAACAGCCCGCUUGGGAAAAUGAAUGUGCAAGUGGCUGAGCACUCCACAGACAGACAUACCUAGGGUGAUUCAGAGGGACAAGGCUGGCCCUUUGAAAUACAGGUACUACUCAUUUUUGCCAGCUGAGUGGACUGGAGCAACGUGAAAUAAAGUGUCUUGCUCAAGGACACAACAACAAUUGUGAACCAAAUACCCAGAUUAUUGAACCACACACUUUCCAUAUACACAUAUAUACACACACACAUAUGGUUUUCUAGGGAGUGUUAGUUGAGUUGGUUUAGCUUCUUAUCCAGAUGAAUUUUACUUAUCAGUUGUUCUGUCUGGAGCUAAACACUCAUCUUCUGACCGUUAUUUAAAACAAAGAUAAAACCUAUUCACAACAGCAAAUGUGUUUUUAUAACUUCAACAAUCAACAUUGUGUAUUUUCAUAAAAAUAAUGAAAACUUUUUUUUUUUUUUUGUGUCUGUGUUUGAAAAAAUGUUGCAGAUUUGAAAUUAUAAAAUGGACUGAAAAUUUCAAUGAGAUCGAUAAAUGAAAUUUAAAUUAAAAUUCAGAUUCUGAUUUAAAAAAAAAAAAAGAAAAGAAAAAAGUUGA